AUGUCUCCCUGUUUCCCUGGUGGCAAUAGGCCUGGGAUCCCUGGUGGCAAGAAGCCUGGUAUCCCUGGUGGCAAGAAGCCUGGAGUCCCUGGUGGCAAAAGGCUUGGGACCCCUGAUGGCAAUAGGCCUGGGAUCAUUGGAGCACCCAGUGGCAAAAAGUUUGGAGCCCCUGGUGGCAAAAAGCUUGGGGCCCCGGGUGGCAAUAGGCCUUGGAUCGUCGGAGAGGGCGAGGGUGGCACAUCCGCCAGCACGGUUGCAGCACAUGCUGCCAUUAGCAGUAGUGAAAAUAUUGCUCGAGCUUCUCUAGACAUGGUUUUGUCAAAGUUGGAACUCCCAGUUUUAUACUAG